CACGCACAAGACGAAGCUCUCCGAUCGUCCUCCGCCUCUCUUUUCCCUCGGUCCACCGCAAGACCAGAAGAAGGGGAAGGUAAAAUUUAAGGAGGAGAGGGCGUCGGGAGAGACGAAAUUGAGGCGAAGAAAGAGGAACGCUCGGUCCCCCAAAACCCUGCAAACCCUAACCCUUGAAUCGAAGGUGAGGACGGUGGAUGGAGCUCGAGAACACGGUGAAGGAGGCCUUGAACGCCCUCUACCACCACCCCGACGACGCCGUCCGCGGCCGCGCCGACCGCUGGCUCCAGGACUUCCAGCGCACCAUCGACGCCUGGCAGGUCUCUGAUAACUUACUUCAUGAUGCCAACAGCAACAUGGAGACACUGAUAUUCUGUUCCCAGACUCUUAGAAGCAAGGUACAACGGGACUUUGAAGAGUUACCUUCAGAAGCCUUUCGUCCGUUACGCGAUUCAUUAUAUGCAUUGCUUAAGAAACUUGAUACGGGCCCCCCUAAAGUCAGAACUCAGAUUUGCGUUGCUGUUGCUGCUUUGGCUGUGCAUGUAUCUGUCGAAGACUGGGGAGAUGGUGGUAUUGUAAAUUGGUUAAGCAGUGAGAUGAAAUCUCAUCCUGAGUAUAUGAGAAGUUUCCUAGAGUUGCUGACUGUCUUGCCUCAGGAAGCUCAUAGCUAUAAGAUAGCCGCUCGUCCCGAAAGGCGGCGUCAGUUUGAGAAGGAACUUAUUUCAUCAGCUGAAGUUGCUCUCAGUCUCUUGACUGCUUGUUUGGGUUUUGAUAAUUUCAAAGAGGAGGUUCUGGAGGGUUUUGCUUCAUGGCUUCGCUUGAGCCGUGGGAUUCCUGCCUCUACACUUGCUUCCCAUCCUCUAGUGCAUGCAGCUUUAUCGAGCUUAAGUUCAGAGCAACUUUUGGAGGCAGCUGUAAAUGUGAUAUCAGAAUUGAUACACUUCACUGUAUCUGGAGGUUCCGGUGAUCUGUCUGCACAAAUGCCACUAAUUCAUGUUCUCGUGCCUCAUGUAAUGAGUCUGAAGGAGCAACUUGGAGAUUCUUCAAAGGAUGAAGAAGAUGUGAAGGCCAUUGCUCGCUUGUUUGCAGACAUGGGGGAUUCCUAUGUAGAGUUGAUUGCAACUGGUUCUGAUGAUUCAAUGCUUAUCAUACAAGCACUGCUUGAAGUUGCUUCACACCCUGAAUAUGACAUUUCAUCAAUGACAUAUAACUUCUGGCACAACCUCCAGACUAUCUUGACCAGAAGGGAAUCAUACUUGACAUAUGGAUCUGAGGGUUCAAUCGAGGCAGAAAGGAAUAGGAGGUUACAUGUUUUCCGUGCACCAUUUGAGAUGCUGGUUUCUCUUGUAAGUUUUCGAGUUGAAUAUCCAAAAGACUAUGAGGAACUGUCAGAAGAGGACCAUAAGGAUUUUAAGCAUACUAGAUAUGCUGUUAAUGAUGUAUUAAUUGAUGCGACAACCAUUCUAGGCGGUGAACAAACACUUAAGAUUCUCUCCAUGAAGCUAUUUCAGGCUGUUGGAAAUCACAGACAUGGAGAGAGCUUCAAAUGGCAGCCUGUUGAGGCUGCACUAUUCUGUAUACAAGCAGUGGCUAAGACUGUUUCAACUCAAGAAGCAGAAGUAUUGCCCCAGAUUAUGGCGUUACUUCCAAAACUUCCUUAUGAACCUUACUUGUUACAAACAGUUUGUUCUACCAUUGGAGCAUAUUCAAAAUGGAUUGAUGCUGCUCCGGUUGAACUUUCAAUCUUGCCACCACUAGUUGAUAUUCUUACCAAGAGCAUGAGUGCAUCAGAAGACUCUGCAGCAGCUGCUGCAGUUGCAUUUAAGUAUAUAUGUGAAGAUUGCAGCAGGAAAUUUCUUGGAGCACUGGAUGGUCUUUUCCAUAUUUAUCAUAUAGCCAUUAGUGGAGAAGGGGGAUAUAAAGUGUCUUCUGAUGAUUCAAUGCAUUUGGUUGAAGCAUUGAGUGUGGUCAUCAAGGAACUUCCACCUGAGCAUGCCAAGAAGGCUUUGGAGCUAGUUUGCCUGCCAAUUGUUACUCCAUUACAAGAGUUUACGAAUCAAGGUGGAGGAUCUAUACAGGAAACACCUGCAAGUCAGCUGACGAUUCAUAUUGACCGUCUUGCAUGCAUUUUCAGGAAUGUAAGUCUUCCAGAAAUUGUAGCAGAAGCAGUCAACAGGUUCUGGCCAAUUUUCAAAACUAUCUUUGAUCAUCGUGGCUGGGACAUGCGAACAAUGGAGUCUCUAUGCCGUGCCUGUAAAUAUGCUGUGAGAACCUGUGGAAGAUUCAUGGGAGUUACCAUUGGCUCAAUGCUUGAGGAGAUUCAAGUCUUGUAUCUGCAGCAUAAUCAACCUUGCUUCCUUUAUCUGUCAAGUGAAGUUAUAAAGAUGUUUGGAUCAGAUCCCUCUUGUGCCGACUACCUUAGAAAUUUGAUCGAGUCACUUUUCAGUCAUACAACAAAGCUUCUUACAACUAUUCAAGAUUUUACUGCGAGACCAGACAUAGCGGAUGACUGUUUUCUGUUGGCUUCAAGAUGCAUUCGCUAUUGCCCUGAUUUGUUUGUGCUCUCUUCUAUAUUUCCAUAUCUAAUUGACUGCUCGAUGGUUGGGAUUACUAUACAGCACAGAGAUGCUUGCAAGUCCUUAUUGAACUUUCUAUCUGAUGUCUUUGACCUUGCAAAUUCUUCGGCUGGAGAAAAGUACCAGUCCAUAAUAAAUGGUACAAUAAUUCCUCGUGGUGCUACUCUUACCAGAAUUUUGAUUGCAUCUCUAACCGGAGCACUUCCGUCUUCUCGAUUAGAGGAGGUGACAUACGUCCUGUUGUCGCUAACCAGGACAUAUGGUGUCAGGGUUUUGGUGUGGGCAAAGGAGAGUAUCUCACUUAUACCACACACUGCCCUCACGGAGGCUGAAUCUUCUACCUUCCUUAAAGCUCUCUCUGAUGCUGCAUCGGGAUCAGAGAGUUCUGCCCUCACAGAAACACUCGAGGAGCUUUCGGAUGUUUGCCGACGCAGUAGGACGGUUCAAGAUGUAGUUCAGGGAGCCCUGAGGCCCCUCGACUUGAAGUUUACAGCUGUAUCUUAGAUUUUUGGAAGAGAGGCUGAUUCAGAAUCCGGUGUGUUAUUCUUCGACUGAUCCAAACCUCGAGGAAUAAGGUAAUCUUUGCUCCUUUGGGCUUGUGUGAUUGUGGUGAUAGAAUUUUGACUUUGUUGUGUUGAGUAUGAACAAGCAAGAUUUUCUCAUUAUUCAAAUUGCUACAACUAAGAGUUAUCUCCUUAUGUUUUAAUUUUUCAAGGAGUAGCUCAUUUAGCUAUAGCUGGUCAUGCAGUUCUUGUAUACCUGAAUGUAUUCCAUGUAUAUGUCCCUAUUUAUUGUCCUUGGGUCUUAUUUUCUUUCACGGUGAGGAAAUAGCUGAUGCCUUUUACCAGUCAAUUUAGAGAGUAUAUGAACCCUGGUACGUUUAAUCAAGUUUGUCAUUUGGUGUGGCAAGUUUACAUUUGAUGGUGAA